GACGUCAGGCUCCCGCGGCCCGAGCGGCCGCCGGGCUCGCGCGGCGCAGUAGGCUCGAGUGCGCUCCGCAGCGAGGUGGUGUCUUCGGCCGUCCCGCUGUCCGCUGCCGCCGGGCUGUGCCGCUUGAGCCGGGACGCGCCUCCGCGCUCCUUGCCGCCUCCAUCCCCGCGGCCGCCGCUCUCCUCGCCGUCUGCACACACACCAUGACGAAGAAAGAGAAGAAGUCCUUCAACCAGAGCCUAGCCGAGUGGAAGCUCUUCAUCUACAACCCGACCACCGGAGAGUUUCUGGGGCGCACCGCCAAGAGCUGGGGUUUGAUCUUGCUCUUCUACCUAGUCUUUUAUGGAUUCCUGGCUGCCCUCUUCUCAUUCACAAUGUGGGCUAUGCUUCAGACUCUGAACGAUGAAGUUCCAAAAUAUCGUGACCAGAUUCCUAGUCCAGGACUUAUGGUUUUUCCAAAACCACUAACUGCAUUGGAAUAUUCAUUCACUGUGUCUGAUCCAGAGUCCUAUCAAGGGUACAUUGAAGACCUUAGGAAGUUUCUAAAACCUUACAAUUUGGAAGCACAGAAGAACCUCACAGCCUGUCCUGAUGGAGCACUUAAUGAACAGAAGGGUCCAGUUUAUGGUGCAUGUCAGUUUCCUCUUACUUUACUUCAGGAGUGCAGUGGUGUGGAUGAUCCAGAGUUUGGCUACUCCAAAGGAAAUCCUUGUGUUCUUGUGAAAAUGAACAGAAUAAUUGGAUUAAAACCUCAAGGAGAACCAAGGAUAGAAUGUACUUCAAAGAGUGAAAACACAGCAGCUCUAUCAACUUAUCCACCCAAAGGAACUAUAGAUUUAAAAUAUUUUCCAUAUUACGGGAAAAAACUGCAUGUGAGUUAUCUGCAGCCAUUAGUUGCUGUCCAGGUCUCCUUUAAUGCUACCAGCAGUACCGUAAAUGAAGUAACAGUCGAGUGCAAGAUUGAUGGAUCACCCAACCUAAAAAACCAGGAUGAUCGUGACAAGUUUUUAGGACGAGUUGUGUUCAAAGUCACAGCACGUGCAUAGUAGGAGUUAGGCUGUCUCCACAGAGUAAAUGUUGUGUUGUCUGUCUUCAUUUUGUAUCAGCUGGACCUGCCAUUCUAGAAUUACGAGACCACCUUGGAGAAAGGUGGGGUGGUACAUGACACUGGGGUAACAUUAUAAUGUGCUUCCAGAUCAUAGUGUUCAGUGUCCUCACGUAACUGCCUGUUGCCUCUGCUGCCUUUUGAACCAGUGUACAGUCGCCAGAAAGGGACCGUGAACACCAAUUCCGAACAUGUAGUAUGGGGGUCUUAUCGUAUUUUUAUGUGGUUUAAUUGCCAACUGUCUAAAGCUUAAUGUGCUGUGCUAUGUAAAUAUUUUAUAGAUUUAACACUGGUUAACUGUCAUAUUUUGAUGCCAGCAAAGUUUUAGGGAUAAAAUGGUACCUGAACAUCAUCAAGUGACUCUAUAGCUGCAAGAAAUGUAUGGGGAGAAGGUCUGUAUGUGAGGAGGAAAAAAGAAAAUAAAAGUGGAUUUGAAAGGUUGA